GUUUGUGCUUCCACCCCCCUCAUAAGAAGAACAUGACGACAUGACAGUUCCUCUUCACAAGCAUUUCUCUGCAGAGCUUCGUGUAGAAUCAGCUGCAGCCGGAGGUUGAGGACCCAUCUGGUUCAGAAGACAAACAUGAGCAUAAAAGUUGACUUCGACGAUUAUUACCUAGACGCUUACACAGAUGUCUACACCUACAUCCCACCAAUCGAUGCCGCCCCGUGCCUGGUUUCAUCACCGGUCAAUAAAUACGCAGUUGUUGUCAUUUAUGCCACAGUUUUCUUACUCAACGUAGUCGGCAACAGCCUUGUCAUUCUCGUCCUCUGCUACAACAGGCUGAAGAGAUCGUCCACCGACAUUUACCUGCUGAACCUGGCCCUUGCCGACCUCCUUUUUUCCAUAACGCUCCCCUUCUGGGCUGCAUACAAAAGCAGUGAGUGGACAUUUGGCAUCGCUAUGUGCAAAAUCGUCUCCAUACUGCAAGAAGUCAACUUUUACAGUGGAGUCUUCUUUUUGGCCUGUAUAAGUGUAGACCGGUACCUGGCGAUCGUCCAUGCCACCGAGUUCUUUACGAAGAAGAAGCUUUGGGUGAAGAUUCUCACCAUCGCCAUCUGGAUCAUUUCAUUUGGUCUUUCGAUUCCAACCAUUUGGUUUAGAGAUGUGUUUGUGUCACACAAGAGAGGAGCUGUUUGUCAUGAGAACCUGGAGGAAAAUACCGAGGACUGGAUGCUCAACAUUAGGAUUGGACGCCAUGUGAUGGGGUUCUUCAUACCGUUGCUCAUUAUGCUUUUCUGUUAUGGCUUUGUCAUUAAGACCCUUAUUCAGACCAGAAAUAGCCAGAAGCAACGAGCUAUGAAGGUCAUCCUUGCUGUAUUUUUUGUCUUCCUGAUCUGCUGGCUUCCCCACAAUAUCACAGUCAUGGUUGACUCCCUCAUGAGGAAAAAACAUAUCAACGAAACGUGCUUACUGAGAAAUCAGUUGGACACCGCUCUGUACAUCACUGAAGUUUUUGGCUUCACCCACAGCUGUAUUAACCCAAUUCUGUAUGCAUUCAUAGGACACAAGUUUCGACACAGUUUCCUGACUAUCCUCGCCAACAAGGGAAUUAUCAGUAAGGACAGACUUUCUAGUUAUGGCCGGAGUCUCUCCGUCAUGUCCUCAUCGGCUCAUACAUCCACCACAAUCUAGAGCUAGCAAUGAACUUGUGGAUCUACGCUCCUUUCUAGAACUUCUCGAGAGAAAAGGCCACAAAUAUUGCACUAAAGUCAAAAUGUCACGGACUGUGAUAAAUCAUAGGCUGGACCUCUGGAUCGGAUAUUGGAGGGGAGAGUACAUGCAGGCUUAUUACAUGGACUAUACCGUGUGCAUUCAUCCCUGUAAACACCUGCACAGGUUAUUUUG